AUGACGGGAAAAACAUACAACAUCCUCAUCCUCCCGGGCGACGGCAUCGGCCCCGAAAUCAUGACCGAAGCCACCAAAGUCCUGGACGCAUUCACCUCGCCAACUCUCCGCUUCAACCUCCGCCAGGAACUCAUCGGCGGAUGCAGUAUCGACGUGCACGGGAAACCGAUCACAGAGGCCGUAAAGCAGGCUGCAUUGGCUUCCGACGCGGUGCUUUUCGCCGCCGUCGGUGGCCCGAAAUGGGACCAUGCGCGGCGCGGAUUAGACGGGCCCGAGGGCGGCCUACUGCAGCUGCGUAAGGCCAUGGAUAUCUAUGCGAACCUGAGGCCUUGUUCGGCGGAUUCGCCGAGCCGUGCUGUAUCGAGGCAGUUUACGCCGUUUCGCGAUGAGAUUAUCGAGGGGGUGGAUUUCGUGGUGGUGAGGGAGAAUUGCGGAGGCGCUUAUUUUGGACGGAAGGUGGAGGAGGAUGAGUAUGCAAUGGACGAAUGGGGCUACUCGACCCCCGAAAUCCAACGCAUCGCGCGCCUGUCCGCCGAAAUCGCACUGCGCCACGAUCCCCCAUGGCCGGUGAUUUCGCUCGACAAGGCUAAUGUGCUCGCUUCGUCGCGGCUCUGGCGCCGCGUUGUUGAGAAAACCAUCACCACCGAAUACCCACAGGUUAAGCUGGUGCAUCAGCUGGCGGACUCGGCGUCGUUGAUCCUGGCGACGAACCCGCGCGCCCUGAACGGCGUCCUCCUGGCUGAUAAUACCUUUGGCGAUAUGAUUUCCGACCAGGCGGGCUCGAUCAUCGGCACGUUGGGUGUGUUGCCUAGUGCUAGCUUGGAUGGGUUGCCGGGUGAAGGGAGGAAGACGAAUGGGCUGUAUGAGCCGACGCAUGGGUCUGCGCCGACCAUCGCGGGUAAAAACAUCGCCAACCCCGUCGCCAUGAUCCUAUGCGUGGCGCUCAUGUUCCGCUACUCGCUGAACAUGGAGACCGAGGCGCGACGGGUGGAAGACGCCGUGCGAACGGUGCUGGAUGCAGGCAUCCGGACGCCGGAUCUGGGAGGCAAGGCGGGGACUAAGGAGGUGGGAGAUGCGAUUGUAAGUGCUUUAAGAUCAGGGAGGGGCAAGCGUUUGUCUGGGCUUUGAGUGGACAUUUG